AUGGCUAAUAUUGUGCAUUUACGUACAAGAAAAUACUACAAACCAAGACAUACGUCACGUGAAUCAGAUUUCAAAACGUUAUUUACAUUUGAGGAGCAGAAUGUGAUGUGGUUGGCGGACCACUUUCUUGGCGCGGAUCUUGAAACACGUGGAGCAGCCCUAUCACCUGUGCAGAAAGUAUUUCUGCGUUAUUGUGCGAAUCCUGAAUUCCAGAGCGGAAUUGCUGACGAAUUGGGAUGUACGCAGCCCACAGUGUCCAGAAUAUACCAUGAGGUGCUUGAGCAGCUUGUACAACCGGUUGGCGAAUGGAUUCGGUUCCCAAACACAGAAAAUCAAAUCAUGCAGGCCAAAGAAAAGUGGUUGACUAGGUUCCACUUCCCAACAGCCAUUGAGGUUAUUUACUGCAUGUACAUUCGUAUUUUAAAGCCAGCCCAAUUUGGAGACGAAUAUAUACAUCGAAAAGGUUUUAGCAGUAUUAAUGUGCAGGCUACAUGCGACCAGAAUUGUGUUAUAACUAGUAGAGAUGCAAGUUGGCCUGGAUCAGUUCAUGAUUCUCGUAUAUGGAAGAAUUCGGCAGUAUGUGAAGUCAUGAACAGAACAAGAAACACUAUACUACUAGGGGACAGUGGGUAUGGUAUAAUGUCAUGUCUCAUGACUCCCUAUUCCAACCCCCUCCAGGAAUAUCAGAUAGCCUUCAGGCUGCUUAAAUCAGAGCGAGUUGUAAUUGAGCAUAUAUUUGGGCAACUGAAACGGCGAUUUCCUAUUCUAAAGUAUGGAUGCAGAGUGAAAUUUACCAGUAUUCCUAAAGUUAUAAUUGUAUCUCUGCACCUUUUACUUUAUUUAUCCAAAGCAUUUCCUUGCAAGGAAAAGGUAGAGAUUAUAAAUACGAAUUGUAGCAAAACCUUUUACUUCUACCUUUUGCUUCUACCUUUUACUUGA